GCCGCCCGGCACUCCCAUCCCGCAGUCCCCGAGGACCCCCCGGCGUCGGCCAAGCCGCUGCUGCGUUGGGACGAGGUGCCCGACGACUUCGUGGAGUGCUUCAUCCUGUCGGGCUACCGGCGCCUGCCGUGCACGGCUCAGGAGUGCCUGGCCUCGGUGCUGAAGCCUACCAACGAGACGCUCAACUUCUGGACGCACUUCAUCCCGCUGCUGCUGUUCCUCAGCAAGUUCUGCCGCCUGUUCUUCCUGAGCGGCCGCGAUGUGCCCUUCCACCACCCGUGGCUGCUGCCCCUGUGGUGCUACGCGUCCGGGGUGCUGCUGACCUUCGCCAUGAGCUGCACGGCGCACGUGUUCAGCUGCCUGUCGCUGCGCCUGCGCGCCGCCUUCUUCUACUUGGACUACGCAUCCAUCAGCUACUAUGGCUUCGGCAGCACAGUGGCCUACUACUACUACCUGCUGCCUGGCCUGAGCUUGCUGGACGCCAGAGUCAUGACCCCGUAUGUACAGCAGCGCCUGGGCUGGCACGUGGACUGCACGCGCCUCAUAGCCGCCUACCGCGCGCUGGUGCUGCCUGUGGCCUUCGUGCUGGCGGUGGCCUGCACGGUGGCCUGCUGCAAGAGCCGCACUGACUGGUGCGCCUACCCGUUCGCCUUGCGCACCUUUGUCUUCAUCAUGCCCCUCAGCAUGGCCUGCCCCAUCAUGCUGGAGAGCUGGCUCUUCGACCUGCGUGGGGAGAACCCCACCCUCUUCGUGCACUUCUACCGCCGCUACUUCUGGCUGGUGGUGGCUGCCUUCUUCAACGUGAGCAAGAUCCCCGAGCGCAUCCAGCCAGGCCUCUUCGACAUCAUCGGUCACAGUCACCAGCUUUUCCACAUCUUCACUUUCCUCAGCAUCUACGACCAGGUGUACUACGUGGAGGAGGGUCUGCGCCAGUUCCUCCAGGCGCCACCUGCAGCGCCCACCUUCUCGGGCACCGUGGGCUACAUGCUGCUGCUGGUGGUUUGCCUGGGGUUGGUCAUCAGGAAGUUCCUCAACAACGCCGAAUUCUGCAGUAAAAAGUGAGCCUCCACCAUGCAAGAGGCUACUAGUUUGCCCAUCUGUUUGUUUGGUGUUUCUGUUGUUGCUAUUGUUGGGUUGUUUUCAAGUUUUGUUAUGUUUCCUUCUUUGCUGGAGGAGGGUGCUGCAAAACCACAAGGGAAAGGUUCACUGCUGCUAGGGAAUACCAGUCCACUUGGAGCUUUAAGAGCAGAGGACAUUAACCGACAGAAGGCCACUGAUUCUUGCUCCCUGAAAAAAAAAAAUCAGGUAAUGUCUCCGAUAUCCAGGGACUUUGCAAAGGCAUAAAUAAAAUCCCAAAUAAUAUCCCCCAAAGAGUUUGAUUUUCCACUUGUUUUCUGUGUCAGUGGUAAUCACAAGUAGCCCUUGUGAGGUCAGGUAUGCAGUAAAGAGGAUAAAUAGUAAGAAAUCCCUGGGUACUUCCAUUUCAGUGAGGAAUGCUUGGAUUUGUCAAAAGAAUGGAGUUUUGUAGGAAAUGGGCGCAAGGCACAAACCCAGGGCUUAACCUGCUAGAAAAUGCAAGGAAUGUGAACACAAGUUAAUUAUUCCAAAAUGUUUCUUAGAUGUUAUUUAAAUAGUAAUAUAUAUGAUGAUUUUUCAUAAUUUAUAAAAGCCUGUGAUAUGCACUGAAUUUUCUUUGUCACAUAGUUUUGAAUUUUACAGCCCUGUGCAUUGCACACACUUGAACUGGACAUCAGGGCAAGCUGCUUAAAAGUUCUCUACUUUUUUAAAACAGUGUUUUCUGAAGGCUUAUGAGUGUCAUGAUACAACUGUGAAUGACUUUUACCUUAGGGAUUCUUGUUAGUCUACUGGUGAAGAGCUCAAGUGGUUCAUAUAGAUCCCAGAUUCCUCUUUACUUUAAUGUAUUCCACAGAACUCAUCCUGAUUUUUUGUUUGUCUUUAAUCUUCUUUCCUUCACUGCUAAAAUUGCCACUGGAAUAAAUGUGCCUUUUGAAGCAAUGCCCCAGUGACUGACCUCAGACAGUUUCUUGCAUGGGGAGAGCAACAGGAGAAACCAUUUCUUACUUUACUGCAUAGCAGGAAGGAAGAUGGUGUGGGUUUUAAGUUUUUGAUCGGACCAGAAUGAACGGCAUUUGGCUUCUCUACCAGGACAAGGAGCCAACCCAGCAAUAUGGCUAUGGCUCCUAAUGCAGCCAUGGUAGCGCGUGAAAGGACACUGGUGCCAUCUAUCUUUGCUUAAAUAUUAGAAUAUAAUAUUUAGAAGUAGAUGAGGCAGUUACUAUUAUGAAAACCAGAAGCGUAUUAACUUGGGUUGUAACUGAACCUUAUGAAUUAAAUAAGAUUAUGCAUGCCCCAUUAAACAGAGAACUCUUAUUUGAGUCAAGACUAUGGAAAUGAUUGGCAGUCACACUGAAUCCUUGAAAAAUUAGCGAGCACACUGCAGCAUGCUUUAUUUUUUUGUGGUCAGGAUCUGGCUAUAAAGUCCAAGCUGGCCUUGAACUCCCUCCGUAUCCCAGGUUGGGCUUGAAUGUAUAAUCUUCCUGCCUCGCAGCCUCCCAAAUUCUGGUAUUAAAGAUAGUCACCAACAUGCCCGCCUCUCCAGCUGCUUUCUACUCACCACCUUGGCCAGUGUUAUUUAGACAUAUCUUACAAAUGCUAGCCUGUCAUUGAGGUGGAAACUCUUGAUGAACACAAACCUCUGAGGUAGCUAAUUGAAAUAUCACAUUUAGUAAGUCAUUUGGUUAAGAGGGUCUAUAAAUGGGAAGUGUUGACUUGAGGGUAUAAUUUUGAUCAAGCACAUAAAGCAGAUGAGAACUUACCUCGGCACUGGUAAAAAGAUGGCUUUCUUUUUCUUAUAGUUUUAAUCACUGCUGUAUUUGUAAACAGAGAAGCUCAGCGCAGUUCCCUGGAGGAACUAGUAUCCUUGUGUGUGCUAAUUUGCACAGUGAAGUUAAAUUUAAGUAUGUCUGUAUUUAAUUUAGGACCACAUAAUGGGAUCGUGAGUACACCUUGCACAAUUCCUGACGAGCGUCAGUGUCUUGUCCUCUGCUAAGUACAAGGAGACUCCUGUUAGGUCACAGAGGCUGCCCCUUUGUGCUCACCACAGAUGUUACUCCUCAGCGGUAACUUGACGACUCAGUAUACGUGUCUAAGGACAACUGUGGAAAUCAGGAAUUUCCACACGGAGACUUACUUGCAUGUCAUUGCUGUCUCUUCUAGCGCCCUAAAGAAUGUUGGUUCAGAAGUUAGGGAAACAGGUUGAAGAGUAUUUUGCUGCUUUCUUGUCGAAUAGGACCUGCCUUUCAGAAUUUGGAAGAAGGGGACUUCUGAAAAGGAAUGACAGGUUUGAGAAUGAGGACAUUUGCCAUUUUAAAUUUUUGCGGGAGAUAUUCUGAGUCCACAAACAGAAGUCUCUUCUUGUCAUGUGUCUUUGUCCUUAAGCACAGGCCGCUUAAGGAUAAAAUUAUACCCGUAUCAUUUUCAAGUGAUUCUGGUACAUGAGCCAGUGAGAUUACACACUUUUCUCCGGAAAGCUUUAGCCACCCAGUGUGUUCCAAGGAGAAUAAGGACUCACUCUCUUUUUCCCUUUGCCUUUACCUCCCUCCACUUUUACUUUCCCUUAGUAUUAUUUGCCAUAAAUAACAUGGACAAGAGGACAUUCUAACUGAAAACAAUGGUUUGGCUUUAUUUCAUGUUUGCAAACAGGCAUCACAUCUACUACAAUCAGGGAUGACUUAACUAGAUAAUCUAUUUGCUAAAUUAUAUCAGUUUUUUUGUCAAAAUAAUGCUAUUUUAGAAACAGUCACUAUCUGCACAUUUGCAUAGAACCAUCAGGCUUUUUAAACAUUUCAGGGAUAAUGCCACAAUCAGAGUAAAAUAUCUUUGGAAAUGUUUUUUCACACUUCAUUUUGUCACAUCCAUUAAAAUGUGGUUUUCCUUUAUUAUGUUCAACUAGCUGAAAUAUAGGACAGCUUAUAAAUAAUAAUUCACUCCAUUAUCUUUGAACCAUCUAUUUUGGCAGUAAAAUUUUGAAGCAUAUUAUGUAAUACAUUUUAUUUUUACUUGUUAGUCAUGAUCUAGAUGUCAUCUCAAGGAGCAGCACCAUGGAGUUAUGCCUGGGAAUGGAGGGUGUAUGACUGCAGUGCCUGUCACCCGUGGGUUGGUCCCUGGGGCUGACUCAGGCUAAAGUAGUUUGUUAAAGGGGUUUCUUCCUUCCCUGCCUUUCUCACAGCUCAGGUGACCUUCCCAAAGAGAGGAAGUAGAGCUCUUUGGUCAUGUCAUUACUGGCUUAUAAAAAUAAAUGUGAUCUUUCCACUGGCCACACACUUUCUAUAAAUAGCCGAGGGAGGCAGUAUGGAGCUAGAAAGCUGGCCAGAGUGGCCUUCACGUGUGUCCAUUCAUAAAGCCUGCCUGUAAGUUCUUAGAGUCAAAAAACCAUUUGGCCUCAUUCAUCAUGGUACUUUAUGGUCAUCAUUUCUAAGAAUGUAAUAUUUAGGGAAUAGAGGUGAUUUUUAUCAUUCUUUUUCCUGAUGUGGUGCUGAACUGGAGGGCUAAGAGCAAUAACAGGGAAUUUUAUCAUCACCUCUCAUAACUUUAGUGUGCAAAAAGCUGUAUUAGGAGACAGGUAUGAUAGAUACUAUCACCAUUUCAAGAUUUUACUGUUGGUCCAAGGUAACAGACUUAAGUUUCCAGUUGGCAUAUAAUGUGGGGACAAUUGUGCAUCUCAGUUGUGAGCAUCUCUGAGUGUGUGCAGCUCUGAUACCCAGCCAAGCCCCAGACACACUAGCUGGAUACACUAUACAUGUAUAUGUAAUUGACCAUAAUUUUUAAAUAGAACAAGGAGAUGGCUAUGUUUGAAACUCGAUUAUAAAAUCUUAUUAAACAUGUUAUCAGCCACUAAAAUGGUUUUUAUCAUCUUGUUCAUCUGUUGAAAUUUCAUACUGCUGACUUCGCUGUCAGGGUCCUUGAGUCAGCAUUCGUCCAGCCGCCCAUGUAAUGCCUUUAGUGAUGUAGCCUACUGUAUGAAAGACCUUUGAGCAAGAUUCUGUCUGUCCGUACCGUUGCAGCCAUUACUUUUUUGCGCUGUGGUGGAACAAAGGAGAUUGGGUCUUUUCCUCUGUUAGUAGAAGAGCAGUGCAUAGAAUCUUAUUUCAAUCGGCUCACUAAUUUACCUGCAAUUUCUUUUGUCUUAUAUUUGUGGGUCUAUGGUUAAAAAACUUGAAAUUUCAAAGUACAAGUCAGGUAGAGGGAUGGUGGGAAUACAUGCAAAGCUGGAAGCAUUUAUCAUCACCUAUUAAUAAACAUAAUAAUUAUUGAGAGGUUAAUAGCAUUUAUAUAAUCGUGAAAUAUGGUUUAUUCAGAGUCCUAAGUUUUGAUGUCAUUAAGUGAAUUUCACAUAUAGUAUAAUAAAGUUAAAAAACAAAAACUCUCACACACAUGAAUUUAAAUGCUUAAAUCUCCAAAAUUAAAACUAUGACUAAUGUGUUAGCCUUUUUUCCUCUUUUAAGAGUUUUGGGUUGUAACUAAGCAUAUCUAGGAGAAAAUAACUCUGAAGAAAAAAAUUUUUAAAUGUCAUGUUAAAAAAAAAAGUAGGAAGAGAGCAUGGGAAAGAAAAAACAAAGAAUGGGAUUCAGACAGCAAAAUGGGCAGCAAGUUUAACAGUGUUUGGUUUUUGCUUGAGUUUUAAAUUUUAUCCCUAGAAAAGUAUGUGAAUUCCCAGGGUCUUAGUGUUUAAAUAGGUAGGUAAGGAACUCUAUUUGGCUUACGCUGUAGCUUUUAACCUGAGCAUGAGGUGCCUGAGUAUAUUUUGAGUAGCUCAUUUAUCCCCUGGCUUAACGUUCCUAAUUUGCUCCCCAAAAUUAGGGCAUAGGUCAAAAGGGAAUUAGGGGAUAGCAGUGGCCAAUUGUAAAGCAGGCUUUGAAUCAUUCUCUUGAAGGAAUGCCAAUAUUCACCGGUAUAUAUUACCUGACAAAAAGAGAGAGCCUAGACACCCUGGAAAAAGAAGCACUUGUAGGUGAAACUGAGUACCUCUGUAUUUCCUUGUGAGAAGCUACACGCCUUCCUACUGAAGAUUUGAUUUCUUCAGUAUUAUGAAUAAUUAUUUCUUAGUUAUGAAAACAUGGGUAUCGGUUCUUAGUCACCAUUCCAAAAACCUAAUACAAAUUUCUGUUGUCCUUUCAAAAAUAGCAAAUAUAUUGCAUUUCUGGAUUACAAAUUUCUAACUACUAUAUAGACUUUUUUGUUUUAGAACAACUUCUUAAGAGUCUGUAAGCAAAUUGCAGAAUUUGUGUUUAUUUAUAGGUCAGGGGCCAAGAAUGCUCACUUAGCUGUUAAUUGUGGCAGGAUGUGACUUCCGAGAAAGCUGAACAUAAACCUGUAUGCAACAAAACGCUUAUUUAUUUGCUCUUUAAUUCAGUGGGAAAGCGGCCUUUACUUUGAGCUUUUGAAAAUGUUCCUAAUACACCGUUGCUGUAAGUGUAAUCCAGGAGUUUUAAUGCUUUUGGUUCUCAGCCUCUGAAAGCUAUUCCAAACAUGGCAUUUCCCAAGGAAAUUUUCUUGAGUGUGCAAAAUUAUUUGGAACUGUAUGAAAGUGGCAGACCACCUUUCUCAUGCCUGAGAGCUCCACCUAAAAUAUGCAAUAAGCUCUCAGGGCUGAAUAGGGCAGGAUCUGCAGUUGGUUAUUUAGCCACGUGGUGAAAAUGGCCCUGUUUCUCGCGGUUUACCAUAAUGUCAAGAAAGGGCACUGUGUAAAUAAAACUCUCAAUUCUAGAUGAAAUAUGGGCCACACUAAUUUCAUUUCUGCUUUUGGUUCCAUCUCUAGUUAGAGAGGAUAGUCUGUUUUUAAUAUGGUGGGUGCAAAAGAGAAAAUUAACGGGAAAAAUUUUAAAAGAAGUAUUUUAAUUGUAUAUUCUAAAAAUUUGUAAUGGCAAUUUGUUUGUUUUAAAAAAAAUAGGCCUUAGCACAUGGGUGAGAACCAGUGCUUUUUGGAAAGCCUCAUCUCUGUCCUGGGGGUUUCAUUAACUUUGAGCUCUUACCCAAACAACAAAGGCCUUGUAAGUCUUUAAAACUGCACAUACAAUAUAGCUUAAAGAAGGAUAAAAACCAUUUUUUAAAAAGAAGAAAACAUGUCUAAUAGGUUCUAAGUAUGUAAUGAGGCUAAAUUUUAAAGUCUUUUAAACUUUUUGGUUAGAAACUUUAUUAAAUUGCCUCUCUCAGGAAGGCUUAGCACAGGAGGUCUACUUUUCUGCCAGGUUGGUUUUUGUUUCUUGAGGCUCUGAGCAAAGUUACUCUAACCAAACAGCUGGGGACACAGACAAUAAACAGGUGAGGUGAGUUUCACUCUGAUGAGGUUGUGAUCACAGUGAAGAAAUCAGUAAGAAAUGCUCAGCCCUGGACAUUGUCCCUUCGCUCUCUGAAGUGGAGAGAAACAGCUCUCUGCCAGUGAUCCGUGGACCAGGAAGAGCUUUCUGUUCCAGGGCUGGGGAAAGAUUCUGUGCCUGCUUUUCCUCUGCACAAAGCCUGUGGUAGCCCUGAACUUCCUCCAUUUCAGUCUUGUCGCAGACCAUUUCUGCCACCCUGGAAGCCUUCACUUUUCACAAAUACAGCCUUGAAGACAAAAAAUUCCUACAAGGAUUCAAUAUGUAGUUAGGCCUUCUCCGACCGUCUGCCUUAUGAGGUGCACCUGUUUCUAACCUAAGGAUUUAAAUUAGAUAGCUGUACACAGAUUGCAAGAAUGUACAACUGGCAGGUCCCCUUUUGAAGUAAAGGGCAUUACUUGAAGGGUCAUCCUUAUGUUUUUCCUCAGGUCAGAGGCAGAGGGACAAUUUAAUAGUGAUCAAAUAGAAACCUUGUGUCUGUUGUUCUGUUUAAGUUCACUUAAUGUUGAUAAUGGGGGAAGAAGGGAGUAGAGUUACAGUUAUAAAGAAUUUUCCCCAUUGCUGGCUAAAUUAUUAUGCUACCCUGACUCCAGUCCUCACCUACAUCCUAAAGAGCUGUCUUAUCUAACUAGAAGAGAGCUUCUCAGGAGACACGACUUUCCAUACCUGAACUAUGGUGUGGUCUCAGAUCAACAGUGUAUUCCAACAGAAGAGUAUUAUUUUAUAAUUUCAGGUUUUAGGGUCAAUU